AGUUUACCUCCAGAGGUGUGCUUGUAUGACGUCACAAGUGGUAAACAAAGUGCUGGGCCCCGGAGGUGUGACGCCUCUCUCAGAGGUCAGAGGUUAUUGUUGCUUUACACAGCCUGUUGCUCCCUGGCGCGUCCUAGUACCUGUUCACAAGAUGCCUCGGCCCAAACCUCCGGGGUGUUUAAAAGUGCAAUGUGUGCGAAGUAUUGUGAAUAACAUGGACAAAUACUGGUGUCAGGAUUAUAUGCAGAAUUGGCUUGAUCAAAGCAAAAGCUACUUGUUCGUUCUGGGCCCUUUUGAAGACUUGCCUAGUCCACUCAUUGAGCUUAUAAUUGAGGAAUUGAACACAUCUGGCAAGUUACGGAAACAUCACUUGCACUUGUUGCUACUUUACCACCUGGAGCGACUGGUUCUCACACGCUGCACAUCCGAGUUUGGAUACAUUAUAUCUCUCUGUGCUGUACGCUGCAAGAAACUGCGCCACAUAGGACUAAAGGGCAGAACAUUGCCACGCAAAAUUCUGAAUGAGAUGUUCAAGUCCCUAAGCCUCCUGCAGACAGUGGACUUGUCACAGACGAAUGUGACAGAUCAAACCAUCAGUGUUAUUUCUGCCUACUGCAAACAUGUCAGGGUUUUGAAUCUCUCGGAUACAGAUGUAACAGACAUGGGCGUCUCGAGCCUCUGUCACGGGAUCAUGAGUUCCGACAUUCUUCCUACUGAGAAGCCACAUAUCUCGAAAUCCAUCAUCAAGUUGGAUCUCUAUGGGACUGCCGUUACUGACAAAGGAAUUCAGUGUGCCUUAGUAAAUCUGCCAAAUCUGCAAGAAAUAACUCACUCCACUUUGUUGUAUGCAUUGGCAAAUUUAAAGAAGAGUAGAGAGAAAAUGGCAGAAGUGUCUGUAGAUAUAGGCAGCAUAGUACCUGAAUUUGGGCCAUUAAAGUUAAGAUUUUUACAAUGUGAUGAAUUUGGUAGUGGAAACUUGGGGCAUUUUGCUAAUGCUCAGUUCAUCAAUCCAGCCAUUAAUUUGUGUCCAAAUAUUCAGUACGUACACCUGCGCGACCUUGGUAACAUUAAAACUGACAGCCUUUUGCCUCUAUUGACUCUAAAUAAUGUAAUAGAUCUUGUAUUAGAAUUUAAUGGGCCUAACCAAGUGAGUUUUUGCACCCAAAUUGUACCUUUGUUGCACAAACAUGGUGAGACUCUGCGUAACCUCCAGCUUCGUUUCGUGGCUAAUAUAAAUCUGAUUGUCAUAGCCUAUCUAUGUCCAGAAUUAAACACUUUAUCAUUAGAUGGCUUAAACACCUAUAGUGACUAUGAUCCAUCAAAAGUUCAUGCAGUGCCACGAGACGUAAAACCAAGUUUCAGUCAUUUAAAAUCCAUUAAUAUUAACUGUGCUCCCAUAAGCGAAGUUCUGGCAUUGACUUUUCAUGUGCCAACAGAUGGCCUUAGACUUAUUCUUGAGUCACCUGUUCUCGAGAAAAUAAUUGUGAUUGAGCAAGACAACCUAAAUGAUGAAAUUUUAAUAAAUGCUGUCCGCACCUCAAAAUUCCCUCGCCUGAGACUCCUCAGCUUGACUCAGUGUAAAAAUAUUACCAUAGAGUCGAUUAGAUACGUAAUACGACUUAACAACCCACUUGAGACCUUACAUAUCAUUUACUGCCAAAAUAUAACAAAUGUAGAUUAUCAUAAACUUGAAAAAUAUGUCGAGAAACAAAGAUUAUUGGUAGAGUUGGCCUGGUUUUGAUUCACAUUUUUCUCCAAACCAAUUGUGUAUGAAAGUCAAAUUGUUGUAGAACAUUUGUUCCGUCCUUGUACAUUCAUUUGGUCUUCCAUUCUUACCAUUAGGCAUUCUUUGUGUAGAAGUUUAUUUCAUAAGUGGUAUUAUUCAUAUUAUUGUGCAUAAGUAAAUACAGUAAUUGUCAAAUGAAGACAUCAGACCUGGAAUAGUAUUUAAUGCAGUCUGUCACACAAUACCUGUAUUAAAAUUUUUUUGGACAUCCCUCAGGAUGCCAUUAUAAGAACACCCAGACAAGUGAUGUCAAAGGAUUACUGUGGUAGUAUUGAUAAUGCACAGUAUAUUUUUAAUUUCACUGUGUCCUACCAGUCAACUAUUUCAGAAAAAAGGUGUAUACCUGUAUUACAUACAAUAUACAAUUAGAAGAUUAAUUGAAAGUUGUGUACUGUGGGAAGAAAUUUUCCCUUUCCCCAUUUCCCAAAUUUUUAAGGCAAUAGGCCUAUCACUUUAAUAUUCUGUUUUAGGAAUUUAAAUUACUGAAUUUUAUCAUUAAUAUUAAUUUUUGUUAUGAUCAUAUAUCUUGUUUUCGUACUAAUGUCCCUAGGGGUCAUCUGUUCCGUGGUAGAAUUCUUUGUGAAUCCAAUACCUUUGGUGUCGCUAGCCUUGUAUCCUUUUGUUCUCGUAUUGGCAUCAUGAGUGAUAUUUAGCGUCUCUUGAAUAUUCGGUGGUAUGGAUGGUGCUACAUAGUCUUCCUGGCCUGACUCCUUUUGAUCAUUGCAUAUUGUUUUAAUUAAAUUUGUUACUUUAAUAUAUGAAGGAAAUUUUGUAGCAAUAUUAAUUCACUGUAAAUUUCCUGGUCUAGACUGCUAUUCACCCAAAUUAUUCUCAAUUUGAAGACGGGGGUGCAAUUUUAGUUUUAAAUUAGUCUUGAGAUCGGUUUUAUUACUGGUGUGUGUUUUUUUUUUUUUUUUUGUAGCAAUAUUAAUUCGCUGUAAAUUUCCUGGUCUAGACUGCUAUACACCCAAAUUAUUCUCAAUUUGAAGACGGGGUGCAAUUUUAGUUUUAAAUUAGUCUUGAGAUCGGUUUUAUUACUGGUGUGUGAUUUUUUAAUUUAAAGGUGGCCGUCCUGGAGCUCUGGUUGCAAGCAGUGUUUGUUCAGCAAUAGAUGUUAUAUAAAAGUUAAAAUUGUUUGUGUCAUAUUGAAACAAUGAAAAAUAAUACAUAUACUAUACUGUAAUUUGAAUUCCAGUUUACGAAAAUAUAACAUAUAUAACAUGUUUUAAUAUCAAACACAAAAUAGUAAUCACAAGACAAUGUUCUAGACAUGGUGUGCAAAAAAUUUGAUUUGUUAUACUACUGGAACUAGAUAAGAGUUCUUGUCUUUAACAUAGUUCACAAUGCCUGUAUUUCAAUUGUAUGCACCCAUCAUUAUUGUGUACUGUAAUGUCAUACAUACUUUCCAAGACCUAAGGUUUGUAAACAGUCUGUUAUAUGAAUCUCAGUUUAACUUUGUCAUUUGUAUAUUGUACAUCAGAACAAAGAGUUUUUUUUCUAUGUGAAACAGACUGCUUGCCCCAUGGAGGUCUCACUCUGUUAGAACAAGUUUUUUAAGACAUGUGGUAUUUGAUGAUUGAAGAUUUGAUUAGUGCAGUACUGUAUAUAAGUUGUAUUAAUUCCCUUGCAAAUGACAAGAAUGUAGUUUUUUAACAGUGUAUUUGAUGAUAAAUAUCACAUGAAAAAUAUUAUUUCAUAAGAAUGGACUUUGUUGUAUUGGUUGCUGUGAUAGACAUAACUCCAAAUAAUUUGACUGAUUCAAUGAUUAGAGGUUUGAUUGUAAAUUAUUCAAAGGUGAACACAAUUGAACUUAUUAUUAGAAAGUCCCAUUUCCUGAUUCUAGGGUUAAUCGGAAAUAUAAAUAUCUUGUUCUCCAUUUAAUACAUAAUAUUCAGUUAAUGGUGGCUCACCCCAUUAAAAAGGAAGCCUCCUAGCAGCCAGAAAAAAAAUAUAUACUGUAUAUACCCAACCUGAUAUACCGAUGCCUAUCUGUCUCUGGCCACGUUAGUGUUCUGCCACCCUAAAUGUGAAAGAUGGUAGAAAUAGAAUGUAGUACCUAUUGACAUGAGUUAUAAAUUGUAAUAAUUGUGUACAUGAUUUUUGGAGCUUUGUAUUCUCACGAAGUGAGUGGCAUCAGCAAGGUGACUAGGUAAAAUGGCAGAGAAUUAAAAUAUCUUGCAUAUACAGUAUAUAUAUACCUGUAUAUAUUAGUUUGUACAUAAAGCAAUUCAUUUUUUAUCCACAGUACGUAUUUGUCGUGUCUAAUAGCCAAAACUGCAGUACUUGGCCUACUAUGCAAGGUCGAAUUUGCCUAACAGGCAGAAUGAUUUUAAUUUUUUUCAAAUAUUUCUUUUCUAACAAUAAUAAUUAUAUUAAGAACAUGAAUUACUGACUUAAGUUAUAUUGGGUUAUGUUAGGUUUGAUCAAAUUUUUUAUUUUUGACUCAAAAUUACAAUCAUAUAUAAUAGAAUGAAAACUUUGUCAUUUCAUAAGAAAGAUUUUUGGAAAAUGAAAUAUUUCACAAAAAUUUUGCUUGCUAGCCAACUCUGGCUAUUAGGUACGAUAUUUAUUUGUAAUGAUUCCCAGGCUCCUCCGAGAAUUGACCUUCCACUAAAGGGAAGCUUUAUUUAUGUGUAGUAUUGUAUGUUUUGUGUACAGUUAUUUAUUUGAUAUAAAUUUUUAAUACAAA